AUGGCUUUGGAAAUUGAAGAGGAUUUGUCAAGUACGGGCUCAAACGCAUGCACAACAACAAGGUUGAAGAGGAGAUAUCAAGCAGAAGAAUCUGUUUCAAGCAUCACUGGUUUAUUGGUUCAAGAGAAUAAGCGCUUGAGUCAUGGGGGCAGCAAUUUGUCAGCGAAUACCAACUUUAAAGGAGUUGUGCUGCAGCCUAAUGGCCGCUGGGGAGCUCAGAUCUAUGCCAAACACAAUAGGGUUUGGCUUGGAACAUUUGAUUCUAAGGUUAAAGCAGCCAUGGCUUAUGAUAGUGCUGCAAUCAAGCUUCGCAACGGAGAGAAUUGUCAAAGGAACUUUGCAGGGACCAAAUUAACUGUUCAAGAGCAACACUUUCAAAAUCUCUAUAGCGAAGAAGCCGUGCUCAACAUGAUCAAGGACGGGUCUUACCAGGCUAGGUUUGUCGAAUUUCUUAUGGCUCACCAGGUCAUGCAGAAAGUAGGAAUGGCCGAGUCGAAGAACUCAGUUAGGUUGGACAGACAACUCUUUCAAAAAGAACUGACGCCAAGCGAUGUUGGCACGCUGAACAGACUCGUCAUACCUAAAAAUUAUGCUACUAAAUACUUCCCUGCGCCUGAUGCACAGCUCUCAUUUUAUGAUGAAAACAACAUGACAUGGAACUUCAAGUACUGUUAUUGGAAGAGCAGCCAAAGCUUUGUGUUCACCAAGGGUUGGAAUCGGUUUGUAAAGGCUUUCAAAUUGAAAGCCAAUGAUACUAUCAGAUUCUAUGAGUGCCACAGUACUAGUGAAGGAGAUAAGGAGGCCAAGCCAUUCUACAUGAUUAAAUUCGACAGGGCUGAAGUUGUUGAAGAUGCCAAACAAGUUAAUGGCGACACUAAAACAGUUAAGCUCUUCGGUGUUGUCAUCGGCAUAGGUGAAGAAUGA